CGAAUGCUGAGACGUUGGCAGGGAGACAUAAAAUCCAAAAUCUCAUUUCGUAAUUUAUAUGUACAUAAAUAAUUAAAUUAAAUACGUCGCGUCGGGUGGGUUUUUGAUGGAUAGGGUAUUUUCCUCUGGUCUAUUUCUUACAGCUUCCUGAAGAUAAAGGUUGUAAACCAUUUUUUCUUGGUGUCUUCUACUGGAAAGAUUUCACGGAUUGUCUGCUCAAAGAGUUAGGUGAAUCCAUUUGAAUCCACAAGUGUCUUAAUCUUCAAAAAAAUUAGAAGAUCAAUUAAAGCACUUAUGUAACCUGGAAGAAUCAGUAGCAUGACCUUAGAAGAAAUCAAAAAUAUUAUUUAGAAAAUGUAAUUAGCGAAUCAUUAGGUCCUCAUCGAGAGAUUCUUCAUAAGUUUAGACUACUGUACUGGAUCCUCGCAAGUUCAACUCUUCACUUGUGUCCUGAGGAUUACCAUGCCAUUGCCAUGGUGACGGCAACACCAGUCGUAUCAAUUCACCCCUCCAGCCCUCUGAAAACAAAUUUAUAUUCCGUUCAAAUUGAAUACUCAAUAAAAGUUAUCUUUGUGACAAUGGAUGGAUUUAGUGUCUCGGAUAUUAAAGCACUCCAAUCGUUGCUAGCUCCGGAGGCGAGUGACUCUGACUCCGAUGAUGAUCUCGAUCAAAAAGGGAAGUACAAAUUAGGUCCUGGACACAUUGGACCCCCAAAGGGUCGUAAAACCGCGGAAACUCCCCCUCACGAGCCCCUCAAACCGCUUGGCAACGACAUUUGGCAUCCAUCGGAAGUACCACCAGCACAAGCCACCGAAGUUUCGGACCCGAGAGUGCAACCAGAAUAUGAGAUUAAGUUCAAACAGGCAAUUACCACUGAAGACGUAUUUCUUGGUAUGGGGUUCAAGACCCCGGGGUCAGCGUCUUGUGAGUGGUUGGCGAUUUCUAUUAAAAUGCCGGGAGAAAUGAAGGAAAAGAUCGACCUCAGCGUGGAAAGUGAUUCUGUGAAUAUUCGAAGCUCCAAAUAUCGUCUCCACUUGCCCACUCCCCACCUGGUGGAUCCAAACACCUCAUCAGCGAAAUGGCAUGAAGGUUCAUCAACUCUCGAACUGAAUUUAAAAAUGACCCGCGAGCUGGAUGCUGUGAACUUUUAAUUCCCUUUCAGAUACCGAACGUUUUCUAAUUAAACACUCGACAGGAAAUUCUCCCGACAACAGCUUGAAGAGACUAGUAAAAACAGCGUUUGAGAUAAAGAAUAAAAUAGAGUUAAAAAAUACAUCCCCUGAGCAUUUCCUAAUUAAACACACAGCCGUGACGAGCAAUUAAUGAAUGGUCCCCACGAUGCUCCUAUCGAGCGUGAAUACAGUUAAACGCACGUCGACUUGUAAUUUACACGUCGUUAAUUUCUCUUUUAUAUUCAUUUCAACUUAAUGAAGUCGUUAAUUCUAUUGCUCGACGUGACAGUACGAAAUUUACAUGUAUACACUAUCAUUUUAGAGAUUUAUCAAUAAAAGUUUUAAUUAAGGAGACACACUCAUACAAAUAUCCG